CACCGACAGUUGUCGACGGCCUAUUACACCCAAGCCAACGCUAUUCAACAUGCCUCACUCCGUGUCGUCGCAGGACUCAUCUGCCAGCCGCAAGGAUGAUGAGCUUCUACCGGACGCCCCUCCAGCGGAGAUAGCAUCGGAGAAUCAAGCCGGCGCAUCUGCAGGAGUGAAGCUCGAAGACCUCUUUAACGAUGAUGACGAUGAUGAAUUCCCCGCCUCAAGUGCACCAGACACCAAGCAUGUUGAUUCUUCUGCCCCCGAGCCAGCGGAACCGGCUGCCGCUCCGGGUCCCCAGGUUGACACCGAUACCAUGCUUGCUUUCUAUCAACGCCUCUUCCCAUUCCGCUAUCUGUUUCAAUGGUUGAACCAUGGCAUUGUUCCCUCCCCAGACUUUGGGAACCGUGAAUUCGCCCUUACUCUUCAAAACGAUGCCUAUCUACGAUAUCAGUCAUAUGCGACUGCGGAUCUCUUCCGUAAAGACAUUCUGAAAAGGAACCCCUCUCGAUUCGAAAUCGGGCCUGUCUACAACACGAAUCCCCGAGACCGGAAGACGCUCCGAGGUGGCCAGAUGAAACCGAUCUCCAAAGAGUUGGUGUUCGAUAUCGAUUUGACAGAUUACGAUGACAUUCGAUCCUGUUGUUCAAAAGCAAAUAUCUGUGAAAAAUGCUGGGCCUUUGUCACCAUGGCUAUGAAGGUUGUCGACACGGCUCUUCGCGAAGACUUCGGGUUCGAGCAUAUAUUGUGGGUCUACUCUGGUCGUCGUGGUGCUCACGCCUGGGUUUGCGAUCCACGUGCACGCAGCCUACCAGAUGAUCGACGAAGGGCCAUUGCGGGCUACCUGGAUGUUGUGCGAGGAGGCAAUUCAAGCGGCAAACGGGUCAAUAUCAAGCGACCACUGCACCCCCACAUGUCUCGCAGUCUCGACAUUCUCAAACCAUACUUUGCUCAAACGACCUUGAUAGACCAAGACACAUUUGAGAGUUCAGAGCAAGCGCAACGUCUUCUAUCAUUACUUCCCGACAAGACCUUGAAUGAAUCACUGCGGAAAAAGUGGGAAUCGUCGCCAGAUCGCGCCAGCACCAACAAAUGGGCCGAUAUCGAUGCCCUCGCCAAGACUGGAAAGAGCAGUACUCUCAACCCUACUACUCUGCGAGACGCUAAGCAGGACAUUGUUCUCGAGUACACAUACCCGCGUCUGGAUUCGGAGGUCAGCAAGAAGAUGAUUCAUUUGCUGAAGAGUCCUUUCGUCAUCCAUCCCGGCACUGGUCGCGUGUGUGUUCCGAUAGAUGCCCGUAAAGCGGAACAAUUCGACCCUCUCUCUGUGCCCACAGUCACGGAGCUGCUUGCUGAGAUCGAUGCCUGGGAUGCGGAGCAUCCUAGCACCAAUGCAGGGCCCGAAAUCGCGGAAGGUGAAGGCAGUGUGCCCGACUCCGACGCCAGGGGAGGUCGCAAACUGCAGGACUAUGAGAAGACGAGCUUGAAGCCCUAUAUUGAUUAUUUCCGCUCUUUCAUUGCCGGGCUUCUGAAGGAAGAACGUACCGGGAAGCGGGAGAGGACUGAUGACGCGACGGAGAUGAAGUCUGAGAGUAUGGAAUUCUAGAUUCUCGUCGCCUCUGGUUUUCUUUCGCUUUCUCGUGCAGAUGAGUGACGCUGAUCGCUGAUUCUAAUGAGCAACUCGGGUAUGGUCUUCUUGGGAACGGAGUUGGAUUUACUGCAUUGCAAACGGGCUUGGACAUGCGGGAGUUUGCUUUAUCCUUUUCAGGUUGCUUCAAUUCCAUCUAGGGUUCUAUGUAUAUAAUAGACACGGGCUUUCAUAGCAGACACCCA